CCGCUGCCGCAGCUGCCCCCGUCAGCCCGGCCCGGUGAAUGCUGCACGCCCGAGUCAUCGCCAGGAAUAAACCUCGGACAACAACAGCCUGCCCGACCCGAAUCAUCCCGCGCUGCUGCGGGAACAUGAGCCAGCCCCUGACUUCACUCGGAUGCUCUAUAUAAGUUCAGGAAAACAACAGGCGCUCGCAGAGCUCACGGGCUGGAUUUAAUCAACGUCGGGAACGACCUGGGAGGGAUUUCAGCGAGAGAGCACCGCAGUUAUGUCACAGCCAGCCCCUGUGAAAAAGAAGCGUCCUCCAGUGAAGGAAGAAGACCUCAAAGGAGCCAGAGGAAACCUUGCCAAAAACCAGGAAAUUAAAUCUAAAACCUACCAAGUGAUGAGGCAGUGUGAACAAAUGGGCUCCGCAGCACCUUCCGUAUUCAGCGGGGCUCGGACAGGGGGUGAAACAGUCUUUGAGAAACCGAAGGAUGAGCCAGCCAAGAGCGUCUUUGGCUGACGGUGGAGCUGGACGUGACUCACCAAAAUGAUUGUUGUGACAUUUUUCAAAAUUUCUGUUCCUUGCACUAAAGUCACUGUAGACUGAAGUAGCUAAUUUCUACUGUAAGUCCUUAAGUAGUGAAUAUACUCAUGUCAAAGAGUAAAAUUCCAUGUUCAUUUUUAUUACAUGCUUUCUUUCUAUAUAUUGGAUAAUGUUUGCUAUAAUUGUUUAA